GAUCACAUUCAUUAUACUAGUUCAAACUCAAACGAAGAACUCUACCAUCGACUUCCGUCACUGAUAUCGGUUUCAUAAAAAUAGAACAGACAGGGCACACUCAACAUGGCUUCUAAUCUAGGCGUGCCCCCUGCAGGAGUAUGGGCGCCAGCAGUCACAGCAUUCAACAGCGAAGACGAUACAAUUGAUUAUGAAUCUGCAAAGAAGUACUACACUUAUUUAUCGCGCAGUGGACUUGUAGGCUUGGUGAUUCUGGGGACCAAUGCAGAGACCUUUCUCUUGACCCGAGAAGAGCGAGCACAACUCAUAAAGACUGCUCGUGAAGCUGUAGGGCCUGAUUAUCCCAUCAUGGCUGGUGUGGGUGGGCAUUCCACGAAACAGGUCCUAGAAUACAGUCAAGAUGCAUACGACGCUGGUGCCAAUUAUCUUCUUGUAUUACCACCAGCCUAUUUUGGCAAACAGACUACACCAGCCGUCGUCAAACGCUUUUUUGCAGACGUAGCUCGCAAAGCUCCUCUGCCGGUGGUUCUUUACAACUUCCCUGGAGUCACGAACGGUGUCGACCUUGACUCCGAGCUCAUAACCGACAUUGUCAAUGCAUCAGCCGCCGCAUCUCCGGAUGGUAUCAGUAACGUCGUUGGAGUGAAACUUACUUGCGCACAAGUCGGGAAGAUUACCAGACUCGCCGGCACAUUUGGACCGGAUGUAUUCUCUGUAUACGGUGGACAAUCCGAUUUCCUUCUCGGCGGUCUUUCGGUUGGAUCUGCAGGAUGUAUUGCUGCGUUUGCAAAUAUAUUCCCCAAGACGAUAUCGCAUAUCUACAAUCUUUACAAGGAAGGGAAACACGAGGAGGCGCUGGCGUUACAUCAAAAAGCUGCUUUGGCAGAAUCGCCGAGUAAGAGUGGAAUUGCGACGACAAAGUAUGCGGUGGCAUUGUAUUCGGCUCCAAAGGCGGGGAUUGAGAAUGCAGAGGAGAAAUUCUUGCCUCGUACGCCGUAUGAGCCGCCUAGUGAGGCUACGAAGCAGCUGGUUAGGAAUGUGAUGUCUGAGUUGGCGGCGAUUGAAGAGAAGCUUUGAUUUGGGACUGGGUAAUUCUGUGUACCUGUUAUUUACCUUUUGUAUUGACUAGGAUAAAGUCGAGAAGAAACG